AUGCUCCUGCGCCAGCUCGUCGCGGGCGUCCGGCCCAUCAGCUCCGAAGAGCACCCCAAGAUUUGGAGCAGCAGUCGAUCCGCAGUACCGCCCUCGGCGUCCACGUCCAUGCCGUCGUCCCCGGUCGCGCAGUUGGCCAAGCCCAGCGGUCGCGUCGCUUCCAUGGUCCAGGAUUUCGAGGCCGUCAGUCUCAGCGCUCAUUCCCGGCCCUACGCUGCGAUCCCUGCCUCGCCAACGAGCAGCGACGCCAACGCUCCUCCACGACUACCUCCGUUAUCAACGACCACGACCAAGCAGGCCUACCUCGGUCGAUCGACCGCCUCGCCUCGAUCGGCACCGCCGGAAGGGACCUCGAACCCGACUUCCCCCACCGUACCGGCCUCGGUGUUUCAGAAGCAGCAGUCCAGGCGCAUGCCGACCUCCCCAGAGGCGGAGAAGCGUAGUCGAUCCGCUCAACCCACGCCCACAUCCGUAGCAGGCAAAGAGAACCAGUUCCACUCGCCGACUCCGUCAAGACCUCUGUCAUUCCACGCCCCUGCGGGUUCGAACGCCCCGUCUGCCUUGGCUCUGGCCGAACCAUUUCGGCGGUCGACCCUUGGCUCACUUGGGGACGAUUGGGAGACGAUGAUGGCGUCGUCUCAAAUUAGCGUCGAGACCAUGGCCACGCGUGCGACCGAUUCGACCCAUAUGACCACGAGCAGUGAAAACUCCAACCCUUCGCUCGUCUCGGCCGAGCACGCUCAAAUCGGCCAGGUCCAGGUCGUCGAUGCCGGACGAAGGGUUAACGAAGUUCCAACCGUCCUCUCUGCGUCAAACCUUCGACCUCAGAUCAUCGAGACCCGUCCGACACCGCGCAAACCACCUUCACCAAUCCUCACCCGUACGCGUGCGCCAGGCUCUUCACGACUCCUCGGUGCGGAGACUGCCGAAGCCGCCAAAGUCAAGACGCCCGAUACCGCCGAUUGGCUGAGUUCACGGCCCCUCUCUGCAGCUCAACUCGAAUCGAGUGCGCGAGCGUCGUCGAGUCCCCCCCUUCCGUUGAUCCCUGCUUGGAGUCCCUCGUUGUUCACUGAAGACCUCUCCCAAUCAGGCAAGAGGAUCUCCCCGGCUCAUCGAGAGCUUUCAUAUGCUCCUCUGUUGAUGGGGGAUCAGACCGCCCCUCCACCCCCUAUUGCGAAGGAUGAGGCACCUACGCGUCGACAACGAGCGAAUACACUUGGAGGUGGACUCAAGGCCCCCUUUUCAGAUCUUAAACCUGUUAGAGUCGAAACGGCGGAGGAGAAGGAGGCUCGGAUCGAGGAGGCGUUUUCGAGGUUGCUGGUGAGACCCAAGCCACAGUGGUCUCUUCUGUACCGAGCUCUGACAUGUCGUCUCUCUCAACAGGACACGAUGCAAUUGCCGAACCGCAGUGUGCGAACCAAGAUGCUCGGUCUCGCCCUCCCACUCAAAGAAGAGAUGCUACGCGCAUCCCACCUUUCCUCCCCCACACCUUCGAGCCACUCGACUUCCUCCCACGCUGUACCUUCCGUUUCAGUCCAAGCCGCUCGUCCAAAUGGAGCUCAUCAUCAACGAGGUCGCUCCCUCAACAACGCCUACGACUCCCCUCCCAUCACCCCAGCGACGACGAAGAAGGAGUCGUCGUUCAAAUCAGUCGUGAUGAGGAAGAGUAAAAGCAAUUCGAGUCUUCGAGCUGCAGCUUCUCUCCCCGUCACCUCAUCCAAGAAAAGAGGAGACGGCUCGGCUACGCAUUCCCGUACUUCUUCCGCAACAUCGAUCAUCCUACGCUCGUUCGGCAAAUCCUCAGGCAAGGACGUUGCACCUUCGGCUAGCGGUCCCUCGACGAAAUCCGCGGUUGAAGGAGAAGAUGCCGUCUGGUGGGCCGUAAGGAUGCGUUCGUCCUCUUCUUCGGCACUUGAAGUCCAUGAAGUUGCGAGGAUGCGUAGGCGUUUAAGGAAUGAGACACCUGGAUGGGUGAACGAUUUCUUGACGAACGGGGGCUACGUCGGGAUGCUGGAGAGGUUGAAGGAGUUGUUGGAGAUGGAAUGGAGGUGCGUGGGUUUGCUGUUUUCUGCGUGGGCUUUGCCGUGUGCUGACUCUGAGUUUGAAUUGGGUGGGCAGGGAGGAGCAACACGACGACCAACUCCUGCAAGAACUGUUGAGGUGCUUCAAGGCUUUGACCAUGACCGCCGUAAGCUGGAUCUUCCUUAGCUCUCCUGCGGAUGAACGCCAUACUGACCCCCCUUGGCAACGUUUUACAGUGCGGCAAGCGAGCCCUCGCCUCGCGUUCACCGACCCCCUUCCUCCCCCUUGCGAACCUUUUGUUCUCUGAGAAGCGCCCCGGCGAUCUAGCAUGUCGUCAAUUGCUCGUCGAGCUCCUUCUCUCCCUCUUCGACCUCUGCCCCGUCGAUGCUGCCCCCAUCCCCGCUUCAGAAUGGACCACCCUCUCCCUCAUGUCCCUUCACAAACCCCUCGAGUGCCAACGUCGUUACACACGCAAGAUGAAAGUCGAUCCGGACGAAGAUGUAGGGGAAGAAGUCUUUGAUGCUUCGAGGAUCGAAGGGACGAGGUUGCUUGUGAGGUCUAUGAUGUUGGGUCCUCCGGACGAGAAGGAGGAAGCCAAGGUGGACUUUAUCAAGAAUGCGCAUCGGGCGAGACCGUUCAAGAAGUGGAUGGUCGAGAUGAGCGAUUGUGUCAGGGAUUAUUUUUGGUGAGUUGGGCUUGGGCAUGGGGAGGUGUCAAACGCGGGGCUUGGGGUGCUGACGAGACGUCUAAAUUUCAUUCGUGCAGGAUCUUUUGCCAUGCGCAGAACUUGUUCUGGUCGUUGGAACAGAUCAACGUCGAGCAGGUCGAAGCCCCCGCCGUGCCCUCCGGAAUGACAGGUGGGGUCGAGUACGAAGCCAUGGCGUAUUGCGUGAGUCUAGCCCUGGCUUGCCGACUCGCAUCGAGGAAUUGCUUGACUUACCGAGUGUGUUCUGUCGUCCAUGCUAGGCAACGCAUUUCCGCCUCAUCAACGCCCUCGCGAGCGCAUGCGCCACACCCGAGAUCGCCUUCGCCUUUCACCAAGAACUCUUUGAAAGCGGGUUCGAGCGCAUCCUUCUCGUGAGCUAAAGCCCACAAAUCUACUGCGUGCCUAGCCUUUACUGAAACCCCAUCCCGCCCUACCUCUCUACAGACCCUCCGCCGCGCCUCCCUCGUUUACUACCCAACCCUACACCUCGAAUUAUCGCGCUACAUAUCCCUCGCCCGUUCCGUACGCUUCAACCUCGGUUCCCGAGUGUUGGCGUGUAUCGAUGCUCGUACGCUCAGCAGGGAAGAACAUUACGUGCUCGAACUGGCUCGACAACAUCAUCAGGCGCAGAAGAAGGCGCCGACGUCGCCUUCGGGGGCUCCGCAAUUGGAAUUGAACAUUGGGUCAUGA